AGACGACACGAACGAACUACUCCAUCCACAAAUUGCCAAGUGAACGAAAAAGAGAGUUCAGUUAGAGCAUCCCAUCAGUUCGGAGCUAAAAUCCGCCCGUGUUGUCCCGUUCAAAGGCCAUAAAGGUUGGAUUACCACUCUCCCCUGUCGACCCGACCCGGUGUCCUGUCUCACUGGAAUCCAUGCCAAGUUGAUGAUGACUGGUGACUGGAGACUGGUGAGUGUCCAGUAGUUUUGUGGACAAGCCGAGUCCGAAUGCCCAUUUGUUCCGAUCGAAAGUGAAACAACAACCAUGACGGCCUCUUCGCACUUGACCCACCCAAGAUCCAAGACAUGCCCAUGAAAACUAGACGCCUCCGACCAUUGUCUUAGAAGAGGAUAGGGGAUAGGAUGGAUGUGAUGGGGAUUGAUUAAUGGUCAGUGUCAUCAGGAUGAGUGGUGAACGAAAUCUCCCCGAUAUAGCCGUGAUCUCGCCCGAGGGCCUCUCGGACCCAUCGGACUUUUCGGAGCCGUCGGUCGAGUCCUUGGGCUUGAUCAUGGACCCACCCAACUCCGAAGGGUGGGAUUUGGCCACGGACAUGGGCGUGUUUCGGCCUACACCCGGCUCCAAUGUGAUUGUCGACGAUUCGCCACUGCAAAAUCAAAUGGAGAGGAAUAAAGAAUCCUUGAAGGUCAAGCUCAUGGUUCGAAGGCCCUUCGACACUUUGGUGGAGCAGGGCAUCGUGCCUUCCCCCAAGACCUCUCCGUUUCUCCAUGAGCAACGCCAGAAAUUGGAGCGCGCCAAAAUGGGUGACAUGCUCCGGGCUAAGAUCGCCAAACGGCCGGAUCGACAAGAGCUCGUCCAUCGUCACAUCCUUGAGGAUGUUCCGGCCGGUGUGGACCCGUCUCUAUGUGAUAAACAGCGACAACUGAAACGCGCCAAAUUGGCCGACUCGCUGAGCAAUCAGCUCCAGUUGAGACCCGGUCCAUUGGAACUGAUCCAGAAGAACAUUCUCCACACGGAUGACACGGCUGUGGAGCAAGCGGUCAAGGAGGGUCAGAUCCAGUUCAGACCCACCAAUGACGGUUUGCCGUUCAAGCAAGUGGAACUACCGGACGUGUACACGGUGAACAGCUUCGACGAAGACUCUUCGGAUGGAGGCCUGAUUUCUCCCCCGUCGAGUGUGGAGACUGUACAGAAAUCUGAGAGCACGGAUAGUGUCUUUCCCGCCUUGGUCUCGAAAAGCGGCCAUGAGCGACGCUCGAGUGAUGUGAGUCAAUUUGCAGUGCCGAGUCCGCCGCCGUGUUCGUUAAGUGCCAGUUCAUCGACCUCGUCCAAGAUCUCGUCGUCCACGAGCUCACUGAGCAAUCAUCAAGCUUACAGCCAACGCGGAGCUCCGGGGAAAGAGCGAAAGAUCAAGAAGCCCAAGGCCAAAGGAACGGCCAGCACAGCCAAAACCAGGACCAUCAAGUUCCACGAGUACAAGGGUCCUCCGAGUGCGGCUCUAAAACGACCGAAUUCCGAGGAGGCGGAUGCGAAAAGUGCGGAAGAUUCUCGGUACGAACUUCUGCUCAAACAGCAACAACUGUUCCUCCAAUGGCAACUCGAACUCUCCCAUAAGUACCCUCAAAUUAUCCUUCCUGCUGCUCCAACCAGCUCCUCCAAUGUUGGAACAGCGACAAUGAUGGCUGUCGGCGCAGAAUCCUCGGUGGCCUCGUCGUCAACCACCAAAUUCAACUUUGUCACCCAAUCGUCUUUGGCCGCCAAGUAUCAGCCUCAAUUGUCCUCCGGGAGUAGCCAGGGCAGUAUUGCAAGCGUGCCCAGUCCAGCCACUUCGGCCCCACCAACGCCCAGGGCCAAUACCCCCAGUCGAACCUUGGUCAUAGGAUUUGGUUCGAAUCCGGCUUCGUCCGAGGACUCGGCUCGCCUUCUGGAGAAGAUGGAGGCUAUGAAAGUGACCGAUUUGAAGGCCGAGCUCAAGAAGCGGAACUUGCCAACGUCUGGACCGAAAAGUGCGCUCAUUGAGCGCCUUAAACCUCAUCUAGAGGCCAUGGUCAUGGCUAAUGGUGGCACUUUAAGGCUCAAAUUGGGCGGUCAAAGCCCCUCCUCCAGAGCCACAUCUGUGGGACGGACGUCCAAGGAGAACAGUCCAAUGAACAUUGGAUCAGAAGGUGUGGCCAUGGAUGCAUUAAGCCAACCUGGCACUCCCCUGGCCUUUCAAGAAAUGACGGGCAGUCCUUCGCCCAUGGGCUUCAACAGCCAAGAUUCGAACGCUCUCACUUCGCCCUUGAGAACCAUUCAUAGCAUGGAACAACAUUCUCCGCGGAGUACCAUGGACCUGGACCAUUUUGACCUGGACCUCAUGGACACGGAUCGGAGCCAAGCCUCUCCCGCGCCAUUACCUGCCACCACCACGGUAGUCACCACGAGCCCCAUCCGGACAAACAACUCGAAAAACACGGUUCUAAUGAAUUCACAGGGCUCACCCACCAUCAUCACCUUACCCAGCGCCACCGAAAUGAUCCCAGCCACACUGCCCACUGUCCUACCAAAACCCAUGACCAUCAUUCCUCCUCCGCCCCCACCGCCUCCCCCGCCCUCCAGAAGGAAGGCCUGCUUGCUGACCACUUCCACAUCGAAAGCGCCCUCAUUCACCAUAACACCGGUCAUGUCUACCAUGACCACGGCCAGUACCAGCACUCUUGCUCAAUCUCAGUUACAGAUUCUACCCAUGGCUCAGAUUCACACCACUCGAUCCGAGCCCAUUGUGAUCCAGGUUCCUCAAGCGCCCAAGGUGCUUACCACGAACGGCAUUCUAAGUAACCUGGUUCCGACCACCACCCCACAGUUAUCAGUGUUGCCCACGUCGAGCGCCGUGCAACGGGACAGUUCGCAUGACUUGAUUCGGGAGCAACAGAGGAAGAUCGAAGAGCUCCAGUCUGCGCUUCAAAAGUCCCAGAGCCAGCUUUUGGAGCAAGCCAAGAUCUUGUCCCAACAGCAGUCUCAGCUCAACGGCGCCAAUAACAAUUCGCCCGGUGCCAUCCCCUCUCCCACCUGUUUGGCCAUGCGUGAGCAGAACGCCAACCACAUGAAGAUGCUCAAGGCCCAGCAGAUGCAGAACAAUCAAUUGCAGAACCAAAUCCAACAGCUUCAAGCAAUGCAAAUGAAGGUACAAGAGCAUGAGCAACAGGUCAACCAGACCCUGACCACAGUGCGUCAAUCCACCACCCAAAUGACGCCACCCACACAAACAUCAACGUCAACGUCGGCCACAUCGUCCUCUAUGGGAGACGAACAGCGCGAAAUCCGCAUUGUCAUGGACGAUGGACAACACUUCAUCUUGAAGAAGGAUAUGGCUCAGCAUCUCAAGUGGGGUGGUCAGGAAACUCCCAAUCACGUGCCUGCUCAUCAGGUCAGCAAUCACAAUCAGUCGCAAGUUCUUCGUCAAAACUUGACCAACAAUGGCAUGGUGAGUUCGCAAAAGCAACAUUUUCCGAGCCGAGGCCUUCAAUCUAAUGCUAAUGUAAAUGCUACAUUUCUUCCAUUCCAUCAGAUAUCACAAUCGCCUCACAAUAUCCAGUAUAACACUGAGACACGGCUCAAUUCUCAUACUAAUGGUACGGCGUCUACUUCAACCGGGGUGUCCCAAGUUGCGCCCAAAGUGAAAAUUGAGCCCAAAAUUGAGUCUCAAGAUCCUUUAGUGGAGGAGAUGCUCCGCAUGUUGUCCUCCAAUAACAGCACGGAUCUUUUGCGCUAUGGUAUUGCCCCUCCCCCUCCACCGCCGCCAUACCACCACCAUAGUAAACCCAUAAGCGUUGCCACUCCUCCUUUGAACGACAUCUUGGCCUUCGAUAUCAACGAUUUUGAGCUCCCGGCUUUGGAGAACAUUGACUUUACACAUCAGGUCAACAACUCUCACCACCAGUUCAACAACGAUCCAGUUCAAUCGGAAGGAGAGUCUUCUAUGAUGAAUGGUAACUCUACCGAUGGCAUGGAUGUCGAUCAAGACGUUGCAGAUUGGCUGGAUUCACUUUUACCCCAGAACUCUGUUGUGAACAAUAUCACGAACGGAUUCACGCCUACCAAGAUCAAUUCCACCCCUGAAGAGGAACUUAAUGGCAAUGUCCCACCUUGUUGGACGAUGGAUUCGUUCAAUAAGGGCGGCAGCUCAAAUCCCGAUUUUGGAACCUCCACCCACUUCCUGGCCGAUGAUUUCUUGGCAUAAAACACAUGCCUGUUGUUGUAAUUCACUGAGCAAAGUCGAUGAUACGUUAUUUAUACACUUGCCAACGCAAGAACAGCAAAGCCUUUGGUCGCAAUAAAUUUCACACACAUACAGCCAAUUUUGUAGCGAGGAAAGAGACCCACCAGAACCAAGACAUCCGAUGCCGAUUAGUUCCAACGAGCUUCCUUUCAAGUGCAAGGUUGUGGAUGCUUUUUACUAAUAGGUACAUGCCGCACCUCUUUCUUGAGACAAUUGUUUUGUGAUAGCUACCUGAUGUUAUAAUCUAACAAUGUUGUUAUACUGUAAACCAAGUCCCUUUGUUUCAUUGUUAAUUGUCAAAGAUCAAAAUUUGCAAAAUUUGUUCCCUCUAUUUUCAUCCUGAAAAGAUUUUGUUCCAAGUGAGGAUGUUUUUGUACCUUUUCAAACACAGCUCUUGAUCUCUUGAAGAAUUGCUUGAUUUGUCAUACACGAGAUGCAUUUCCAUAAUGUAUUACAAAAACAAUAACAUCAUUCUUAUCAAAAUAUGAAUAAAAGUGGUGCCUAUGAAAACAA